UUCGAAGCUCGUCGCGUGCGUGUCGGAGCUACAAAAAAUCUCGCAUAAAUCGGGCCAGAAAGCCAGCGGCAUCCUUCGAGCCAUCGUCUUCGUCUGCGUUUUCGUCUCUGGUUCGAACGUCAGUGUGUGGCUGUGUGUGUGAGAAAGCACAGAUAAUGGCAGGCGGGCAGCAAACGAAAUGAGACCAAAAGUGAGGCCAAUAAAAAGGCGAUAAAAUUGACGCCAAUACAAGAGGAAAAGGAGCAGCAGGAGCACAGCAGCAGGGGGAGGAGAAAGAGGAGCAGCAAACGAUAAGCGUAUCCUGUCGGCACAACAGUGCAUAAAAAGGCGAUAUAUAUUCCCGGCUGUCCCCCUCUUUGAUAGCCAGUUGCAGCCGGUAUAGGGCCUACCAAUAGAUACCGACAUUGCCUUUCCCAAUGCCUUGGUGAUUAAUGGGCCAGCCAGGGCACAUGGCCGACGGGAUGCGCAUAACUCACUGCCCCCAAACGAGAUACUGCCGAUGGCUGGCCCCCAGUUUGGCCCUGGUGCUGGGCCUCGCCUGGACGGCUGUGGCUGCCGCAGCCAUGGAGUCGUCAGCGGAGCUGCAGGCACUCAACGUGGAGCUGGACCAGCAUCAGCCACAGACACAGCCACAGCCCAGUGUGGCAGGUGGCAAUGCCUUAAUUAGUGGCAGCCAACAGCCUCCAAUCGGAUCUGCACACACGGAGCUGCAGCUGCCAUUGUGGGGGCCGCAGCAUCGCUCCAAUUGGAAGUACAAACGGACGAAAGUCAAGCGACGGCAGCGUCUCAAUUCGCAGAGCAAUCUGCCGAGCAUCACAAACUCCUCCGCGCAGCCCUUCACCCCGCCAGCGACACAGCAGCGCUACCUGAAGGUCAAUCAGGUGUUUGAGAGCGAGCGUCGCAUGUCCCAGGCGGAAAUACAACAGAAUCAUGGCAAAAUCGUGCUGCUCGGACUCUUUGAGUUGUCCACGAAGCGCGGCCCGCGGCCGGAUGGCAUCUCGGAGCUGGGUGCCGCCACCAUGGCCGUGGAGCACAUUAACCGCAAGCAGCUGCUGCCCGGCUACACCCUCGAGCUGGUGACCAACGACACGCAGUGCGAUCCCGGCGUGGGUGUGGAUCGCUUUUUUCACGCCAUCUACACACAGCCCUCGACGCGCAUGGUCAUGCUGCUGGGUUCCGCCUGCUCAGAGGUCACCGAGAGCCUGGCCAAGGUGGUGCCGUAUUGGAAUAUUGUGCAGGUCUCGUUUGGCUCCACCUCGCCGGCGCUGAGCGACAGGCGCGAGUUUCCCUACUUCUAUCGCACUGUGGCCCCGGACUCCUCGCACAAUCCCGCGCGCAUUGCCUUCAUCCGGCGGUUCGGCUGGGGCACGGUCACGACCUUCUCGCAGAACGAGGAGGUGCACUCGCUGGCGGUGAACAAUCUGGUGACGGAGCUGGAGGCGGCCAACAUAUCCUGUGCGGCCACCAUAACAUUUGCGGCCACGGAUUUCAAGGAGCAGCUACUGUUGCUGAGGGAGACAGACACGCGCAUCAUUAUCGGCAGCUUCUCGCAGGAGCUGGCGCCACAGAUCCUCUGCGAGGCCUACCGGCUACGCAUGUUUGGGGCGGACUAUGCCUGGAUCCUGCACGAGAGCAUGGGCGCUCCUUGGUGGCCAGACCAGCGCACAGACUGCACCAAUCACGAGCUACAGCUGGCCGUGGAGAAUCUCAUUGUGGUGUCCACACACAACAGCAUCGUGGGGAAUAACGUUAGCUACAGUGGAUUGAACAAUCACAUGUUCAACUCGCAGCUGCGCAAACAAUUUGAACAGUUCCAUGGCCAGAAUGGUGCAUCCUCCUCCACAGUCGGUGGCAACCGCAAGCGUGCCGCACCACAAGCGGAUUUGGAUGCAGCAUCGAGCAGGCGGCGCAGGCGUGCCACGGGCAGUCACGGCCUCUUCCCCGAGGCCAUCUCCCAAUACGCGCCACAGACCUACGAUGCCGUUUGGGCCAUAGCCCUGGCCUUACGCGCCUCCGAGGAGCAUUGGCGGCGCAAUGAGGCACAGUCCAAGCUGGAUGGAUUCGACUACACACGCAGCGACAUGGCCUGGGAGUUUCUACAGCAAAUGGGCAAACUCCACUUCCUGGGCGUAUCGGGUCCCGUUUCCUUUAGCGGUCCAGAUCGUGUGGGCACCACUGCCUUCUAUCAGAUACAACGCGGCAUGCUGGAGCCCAUUGCCCUGUACUAUCCCGCCACAGAUGCGCUGGACUUUCGCUGCCCCCGCUGCCGUCCGGUCAAGUGGCACAGCGGCCAGGUGCCCAUUGCCAAGCGUGUGUUCAAGCUGCGUGUGGCAACGAUAGCGCCGCUUGCCUUCUACACCAUCGCCACACUGUCCAGCGUGGGCAUUGCCCUGGCCAUUGCCUUUCUUGCCUUCAAUUUGCACUUUCGGAAGCUUAAGGCAAUUAAACUUUCCAGCCCGAAGCUGAGCAACAUCACCGCAGUGGGCUGCAUCUUCGUGUAUGCCACCGUCAUCCUGCUGGGCCUGGACCACUCCACGCUGCCCUCGGCGGCAGACUCCUUUGCCACAGUCUGCACGGCACGCGUCUAUCUGCUGUCGGCUGGCUUCUCGCUGGCCUUUGGCUCGAUGUUCGCCAAGACCUACCGUGUGCACCGCAUCUUCACACGCACCGGCAGCGUGUUCAAGGACAAAAUGCUGCAGGACAUCCAGCUGAUACUGCUCGUGUGUGGCCUGUUGCUGGUGGAUGCCCUGCUGGUCACCCUCUGGGUGGUGACGGAUCCCAUGGAGCGACAUUUGCAUAAUCUGACACUCGAAAUCAGCGCGAUUGAUCGGAGUGUUGUGUACCAGCCACAGGUGGAAGUAUGCCGCUCGCAGCACACCCAAACCUGGCUGAGUGUCCUGUACGCCUACAAGGGUCUGCUCCUGGUCGUUGGCGUCUACAUGGCCUGGGAGACGCGUCACGUGAAGAUACCCGCCCUCAAUGACUCCCAGUACAUUGGUGUCUCUGUCUACAGUGUGGUCAUCACGAGUGCCAUUGUCGUGGUGCUGGCAAAUCUCAUCUCGGAGCGUGUGACGCUCGCCUUCAUCACCAUCACGGCGCUCAUUCUGACAUCCACCACGGCGACACUCUGUCUGCUGUUUAUACCCAAGCUCCAUGACAUUUGGGCGCGAAAUGACAUCAUUGAUCCGGUUAUCCACAGCAUGGGCUUGAAAAUGGAAUGCAAUACGCGUCGCUUUGUGGUCGAUGAUCGCCGGGAGCUGCAGUAUCGCGUGGAGGUCCAGAAUCGUGUCUACAAGAAGGAGAUCCAGGCGCUGGACGCGGAGAUACGCAAGUUGGAGCGACUGCUAGAGUCCGGUCUGGGCACCGCCUCGACGACCACAUCCUCGUCCACCUCGCUGCUGCAGGGCGGACACGGACAUCUGAAGCCCGAGCUGACCGUCACGAGCGGACUGUCACAGACGCCGGCCUCAAGCAAGCCGCGCACCCCGAGCAUCUCCGGGAUAUUGCCCAACCUGCUGCUCUCCGUGCUCCCGCCGGUGAUACCGCGCGCCAGCUGGCCCUCGGCGGAGUACAUGCAGAUCCCGAUGCGUCGAUCGGUGACAUUUGCCUCGCAGCCACAGCUCGAGGAGGUUGCCUGCCUGCCCGCCCAAGAUCUAAUCAAUCUGCGACUGGCCCACCAGCAGGCCACCGCCGAGGCAAAGACGGGACUGAUUGAUCGCCUCAGGGGCAUCUUCUCGCGCACCGCUUCGAGCAACAAAGGCUCCACGGCCAGUCUGGCCGAUGGCCAGAAGGGCUUGAAGGCGGCCUUCAAGUCGCACAUGGGUCUGUUCACCCGCCUGAUUCCCUCCUCGCAGACAGCCUCCUGCAAUGCCAUCUACAACUCGCCCAGCCAGCAGCCGGGCAUCGAGGCCAACGUCGAGUCCAACUCGAAUGGGCGCACGACGCAUCUGAAGGCCAUCCAUCGCGGUUCACUCACCAAAAGCGGCACCCAUCUGGAUCAUCUGGCCAAGGAUCCCAGCUUCCUGCUGCCCUCCAUCUCCACCAUCUCGGGGGAGCAAGUCGAUGGCAAGUAUGUGAAGCUGCUGGAGACCAAAGUGAACUUUCAGCUGCCCAGCAGCCGCCGACCGUCGGUGGUGCAACCGUCGCCCAGUCUGCGGGAGCGUGUCAGGGGCUCACCGCGCUUUCCCCAUCGCAUUCUGCCGCCCGCUGCCUGCAGUUUGAGCGCCCUCGCCGAAUCGGAGGAUGCCAAAGUGCAGGACAUAAUGGGCAGCUGCAAGUCCAUUCCGCGCAUCUCCCUACAGCAAGCGACGAGCGGCGGCACCUGGAAGUCCAUGGAGACGGCCGCCAAGUCGCGUCUCUCGCUGGGCGACUCCCAAGAGGAGGAGGCAUCCGCGGUACAGUUGGAGCAGGUGCAGGUUGAGGCGGUGCCAUUGAAUGGCUUAGGUUAGAACCACACCACCAACGUCCUCACCCCCUGCCCAAGUCCUCGUCAAUUAGAAGCAAACACCAAGCAAUUAUUUUCGAACAGACACGCGCCACAAACCCCCCCGAAAAGAACCCUUCCCCCUCGAUAGAGCGCGUGUGCAACUGACCAAUCAUCAGCUUAAAGCAAUCAAACGCAUUAGGGAUAACGCCUAGAUAAGUCAUACCCUCUCCAGGGUAGCUCCAACCAGUCAGCCAGUCAUCUUUCGCACCCUAUCCUGCAACCCCACUCGACAAUGUGAUUAAACCCCUGAGUCCCCCCUGUCCCUACAAUUCCUUCUAGACUUUUGCCCUUUCCCUCUCUCUCUCUCUCUUUCUCUCUCUCUCUCUCUCUCUCUCUCUCUCUCUUGUAGGUUAAGUAGUUGAGCUUUUCGUUAGCUAGUGAUUGUACUCCCUCUUAAAGAACCUUUCCCCAACCAACUCUAGUUGUAAGCUGACAAGAUGCAAAAAAUCUUAAGAAAUUCUUUUUAUUUUGUUGUGUGUCUUGUUUUUUGUUGUUGUGCACGGUGGUGCAUCCAGUGUAUCCAGAGAGCAAUACUAUCUAUUAUCGUACUUACAAAUACAAUCUAGAGUUAGAGCAUCGGAGAAUCAUGAGUGAAUAAUGGCAAACAACAGCGCAUGAGAAUCAGAAUCAGACUCGAAAUCGGAAAUCAGAAUCAGCGUUAGAGUAGGGUUAAAAGCAAAGCCAAUAUAAUUAAUUAUCGCCAAAGUCGUAGAUAAAUCCAUGAAUCAUGUGUGUAGGGCAUAAGCAUGGGGAGAGUAGUUUGCCAGAAGAGUCCUGCCCUAGACCCAAAACACCCACCAACGUACAGUGGGAGAUUAUGCAUUUUUUUAGAGGAGCAAAAAUUAAUUGCCAAUUAAGAAAAAGCGAUUAAAAUCAUAAUUUCGUAGGCAUAUUAUA